AUGGCUCACUUCCCUCUCUCCGCUACUCUGGUAGCACUCGUCUGCGCUGCCGGUGCUCUUGGCCACUUAGGUCCCAUAACGGAGCUGCCCAUAACCAAUGGCUGGGUCAGCCCAGAUGGUUUCGAACGUAUGGCAGUUCUGCCUAACAAUCAGUUCCCUGGCCCCAUUAUCGCGGGAUACAAGGGAGACAAUUUCCAGAUCAAUGUCCAUGAUCAACUCACCAACGGCACUAUGAACAAGACUACAACCAUUCAUUGGCACGGGAUAUUCCAACACACAACUAAUUGGGCUGAUGGGCCUGCGUUUGUAACCCAAUGCCCGAUCGCUCCAGGCAACUCCUUCCUUUAUGAUUUCACUGUUCCUGACCAGGCUGGGACAUUCUGGUACCAUAGCCACGAGAGCUUGCAGUACUGUGAUGGUCUGCGUGGCCCGUUCAUCGUGUAUGAUCCAGAUGAUCCGCACAAGAGCCUCUAUGAUGUUGAUGAUGAUAGCACUGUCAUCACUUUGGCCGAUUGGUAUCACGUCCCUGGCAUCCAGGUCACCAUUCCUGCGGUCUCGGAUUCUGUUCUUAUCAAUGGCUUGGGUCGUGCGGCUAACGACAAUAGCUCUCCUCUUUCGGUCAUCACCGUCAAGCAGGGAUUGCGCUAUCGCUUCCGUCUCAUAUCAAUGUCUUGCGACCCGUUCUUCAACUUCACCAUUGACAGUCAUACCAUGACUGUCAUCGAGGCCGACGGCGUGAACACUCAGGCACUGCCAGAUCUCGAUUCAAUCCAAAUCUUCUCUUCUCAGCGUUAUUCCUUCGUCCUGGAGGCAGACCAGCCUAUUGAUAACUAUUGGAUUCGUGCCGCGCCUGAGCCGCUCGCGGGCUUCGGACAGAGCGACCCUCCGACCGGUUUGGCUAUUCUCCGCUACGAAGGCGCGCCUGCGAUCGAGCCAAAUGCUUCCAUCGAUGAUACGCCUUCGUCCACCAAUCCCCUGGCUGAGGUCAACCUCCACCCGCUGACGAACCCCGAAGCGCCCGGAGGCGUCGGUCCCGCCGAUGUGUAUCUUAAUCUCAACUUCUCCUUCACCAACCCUAAGUUCUACGUCAACAAUUUCAGCUUCACUCCUCCCACUGUGCCGGUGCUCCUACAAAUUCUGUCCGGAGCUUACACCGCUCAAGAGCUCAUGCCGGAGGGCAGCGUGUAUACUCUGCCGCCCAACAAGGUCAUCCAGAUCUCCAUGCCCGGUGGCGUCGUUGGCGUCCGGCACCCUCUGCAUCUGCACGGCCACGCGUUCUCUGUGCUUCGGAGCGCCGGUGAUGGCACCAGUGAACUCAACUAUGUGAACCCUGUGCAGCGGGACACGGUGAACAUCGGGUUGCUAGGCGACAAUGUCACCAUCCGUUUCGAGACCAACAAUCCUGGCCCGUGGUUCCUCCACUGUCAUAUUGAUUUCCACUUGAACGCUGGAUUUGCUGUGGUCAUGGCGGAAGAUACCUAUGAUACUCCCCGCGUUGACUAUCCUCCGCCGGCAUGGGACGAACUGUGCCCUACCUUCGAUAAGCUCCCUGUGUCCGAUUACUAG